AAAGAAUCCACUGAAGUUCGCUCUUCAUCUCAUCUCGUGAUUGUACCGGUACGUACAUGUGGGCUACCCCCGGAGACUAUAUCCCUGAAAUUAAUUAGCAACAUCGACACCGCAUCAUACUUAUCUCGUUAACGCGCACACACACAGACUGCAUAUCUACAUUACAGUUAUAGAUCCCGGAAGCUAAGCCAACAAAUCGUUGAUUUCGUAACUCAUGUGUGCAUGGUCAUGUGUGAUGAUGACGCGACGUCAAAGUUGGUUCUAUUCUCAUGAUCUUUAAUACAUCUUCUUGUCAUUUACAUGGAGACGUUGCCUUUGUAAAAGUUUACACUACAUACAUGCAGUGCAUCUAGUCAUCAGUAUUAAUGGACGAACCCAAAGACAUCUCAAUUUAAAAUUGACACCUACAAGACAGCAUGUGCCGUCGAGUGUAGCGAGUGGUAAAAACACAAGUCAUUAAUCUGUAAACGGAUCAUGUAGCCCUGCUUCUGGUACGCGGAGGAUUACAUGUAAUUGCGCACAAAAUCAGUGCAUGCAUGGACUGACAACGAGCGGUGUCGUCUUUCCUGAUCCGAGUCGUCCGGUAACGUCCCCCACGGCAGGUUGCAUUGAGAUGUCAUCCUCACCCACUCGUCAUCAAUUAUUCAUCAUCGCUCCGUCUCAGGUUUAAAACAGUGUCGGAGUAUACAGGAGGAGCGCAUCCCGGCGGGGGAGAGUUUACGCAAGGCUUGCCGAGGAGGACGGUGCGUGGACGCUCCGCUGCAUCCAUAAUUGAGGAGAGGGGAGUCCACCGACGCACAGCUGUGCGGCGCUUCGACAAACAGUCAUUUCACGCUCACAGGAGCAGGUAAAACAAAUCGCUCUCCAAACACACACGCACAGUCGCACAGAGACAUGCGCAGUGUCUCCAGUUGUUCCGUUCCACAAGACUGCUACCCAUCUAUGCAGGAGGCUUGAUUUGAUUUUCGACUUGGGGAAACAUUCAAUGGCAACAACUCUCUCUCUCUCCCUCCCUCUCUCACUCUCGCUCUCCCUGGCUUUAUUACAUUUCCCCAAGAGAGAGAAUAUACCCGUGGUAGAACAUACAUCAUAUUCCAUUUUGAUUUGAAACAAUAAGGAACUUGCCUGGAUCCUUGCACGAGAUAUCAAUACUCACAGCCAUUCAUCAUACUGUGGAUUGUGAUCAGUCUUGCUGGUAUUCUUCUAGGACACCAGAGAGAUUUCAAACAUAUGGUCGUAACCAAACGGUUAUAUAUCUCUCAAGGAUUUAACAAAUUGAUUUCAUUCUAGCUGGCUGCUUGCCGGUGAACAUCAUCAUGGCUUUUCUUCAGAUGAUUCUCCCCUUUCUAUUAUGUACCUUCCUCAUCCCAGCGUAUCUCACCGAAGAAUCGUCGGCGCAAAAAUGGAACUACUGCGUCGUUGGGGCGGGUCCCUCCGGCUUGCAGAUGGGGUUCUUCUUGGAGAGGGCGGGACGCAAUUAUGUCAUUUUUGAGAAAGCAAACAUGAGCGGGUCAUUUUUCAACACCUACCCCCGCCAUCGGAAGCUGAUCAGCAUCAACAAGAGACACACAGGGAAGACGAACAAAGAGUUCAAUAUGAGACAUGACUGGAAUUCUCUUCUUAGUGAUGAUGAAAGUUUACUCAUGAAGCACUACUCCAAGGAGUUCUUCCCUGAUGCAGACACCUACGUCAAGUACCUGAAUGAUUACACAACCAAACUUGGCCUCAAUGUCCAGUAUAACACAGAGAUCUCGGAUAUAGCACGACACGAACCGCCCAACCUGAGUGGGCAGUACUUCACUAUGCAAGACCAACAUGGCAACGGCUACCAGUGCAGAGUGAUGGUCAUUAGUACGGGGAUGCACAAACCCAACAUACCAACCUUCCAGGGCCAGGAAUACACGGAAGGCUACGAGGACAUGUCCCUGGACCGCGACGACUUUGAAGGAAAGAGCGUCCUCAUCCUCGGGCGGGGAAACUCCGCCUUUGAGACGGCGGAUCACAUCAUCGGCUCAACCAACGUCAUCCACGUCAUGGGACGGUCAAGGGUCAAAAUGGCGUGGGAGACGCAUUAUGUGGGUGAUCUGAGAGCUAUCAACAAUGGGUUACUGGACACCUACCAGCUCAAGUCUCUGGACGGUCUGUUAGAGGCGGACAUGGUGGAACUCUCCCUGGUCAAGCGGUCAGAUGGCCGCCUUCAGCUUAUCCCCCAGGAUGGGGAUCUCACGAUUGCAGACAAGCUUGUGAUCGAUAACUUUGCGUUACGACACCCUUAUGACAAAGUGAUCCGGUGCCUUGGUUUUACUUUUGAUUUCUCAAUAUUUGAAAAUUCUACAGCACCCCAACCAGGGUCGAAGAAACGGACCAAGAAGUACCCGUUCGUAAAGGCCAAUUACGAGGCUGCAGGGAUCAGAGGGAUGUUCUUUGCAGGAACCAACACUCAUUCUAUCGACUUCAAGAAGUCAGCCGGAGGGUUCAUCCACGGAUUUCGAUAUACAACCCGAGUGUUACAUCAUCUGCUGGAGUGGCGAUACCACAGCGUCCCCUGGCCUUCAAUAAGACUGCCAAUGAUGGAGCUCUUAGAUCGCGUGGUCAGACGAUUAAACGAGGCUUCGGGGCUCUAUCAGAUGUUCUAUGUCUUGUCUGAUGUCAUACUGCUUCAUAAGGACACUAUGGAGUUUGAAUAUCUAGAGGAAUUUCCAACUCUUAUGUUGCCGUGGUUACAAAAAGCAUCGGGUCACAAUCAUACAGAAGUACUGGUGCUGAUCAUGGAGUAUGGCAAAAACUUUUCAGGCGCUGGCAAGGACGUCUUCAGAUCCGACAGGGCGGUGGGAGAGCCGGAAGAUGCCCACCUCUCCAACUUCCUCCAUCCGGUCAUCUACCACUACAAGACCAUCCCGACCCUGGAAGAGAUGAACGGCAGGUCAAAACACGAGACCAUCCCCAAGCCGGAUUCCAUCCAUCAUUUCGUUGAGGACUUCCUGACCGACUGGACGGCACCUACAAGCCACAUCCUGGUAUUCCGUCGUUUCCUGGAGAGCGUGAUGGGGACGGACAUGCGCUACUUCUUUGACCAGCAGUGUUUCCAGCUGGCCCUCACCCAUACCGAGCUUCCCCUGUCCUGCCAGCACUACUGGGAGAACGGUCAAGGGCUGCCCGCUACUCAGACCAUGCUGGACAGCACGGCUCACAUGACCUGGUUCUGAGUGGACACACAGACCUGGGCCCCGUUUCACAAAACUUGUCAUCAGUGACAGACGACAGUCUUUAUUAUUAACUACUGAAAUCCUUGCUUCUGAUUGGUUAUCAGCAAAUUUGUCACUGAUUUUUUUUUUUUGUCAUUUGUCAUUGAAAAAGGCUUUGUGAAACAACCCCCUGUUCUUUUAUUACAGAGAUCCAGGGUGAAGGCAAUGGGAUGGGACAGAUCCUUUUUCUUGUCUUGUAAAUUUUUGCUCUAUUUUUGGUGAUAUUAAAGCAAACUCGCUCACAAAUAUUUUUGAAAAAUCAACUCAAGGGCUCUUUCGAUACCAUUUUGUAUGCCCCAUAGAAAUCAUGUGACUUUAUGUACCAGUACUUUUUGCCAUAUUCUAGGGCUUGAUGUCCUUUUGCAGCUUUGUGUUUUGCAGAUGAUUUAUUCCAUGAUAUAAAUAUCUUGCAAAGAAUGUUUUGAUUAAAUACAGCUCUUAUUUUCGGAAGGUCUUUGAAUUAAAAUACCAUGGCAAUGCUUAUCCACUUGAUAAAUUGGAUUAUUAUUUUCUAGAGGUUGAACUCUUCAUCUGAUUACAUUCCUAUUUUGUUUACAUGAAAGAAAUUUCAUAUGUUUUCUUGAAUUAAAAAUAUUUUUUUGUGUUAGUCAGGAUCAUGGAUUUGUAAAUUUCACUUUAAUGCAUUACUUUCAUCACAACUUUUGUUUAGCUCUAAAGUAAUAUAAUGAACAGUGUUCAUAAUAGGUCGCACUUGUAAUGUUUGUAGCAGGCAGGGCUUGCUUCAUGGGGGAAUUAGGGGAAAGAUAAGUGCUUUUUCUUGUCUUGCCUUUUUGAGAGUCUUGUCACCGUUAUUGUUCCACUGGAACCAAGAAAAAUCAUGUGUCAAUUCGUAGAAAGUUUGUAUAAAGAUGUAAUAUAUCAAAUCUAUAUUUUGUGGUCAAAUUCUCUUGAAAUCAGUGAAUCUUUUCACUUUCCAUCAUUCCAGAUCCUUGUGCCAACUAUUUCAUCUUUUUUUAAGGAGCGGUGUGGACUAAUUCGCUGGAAAAUGGUGAUUUUUUUCUUCUUUUUUUUUCA